GCUUUCCGUAGCUUUCCAAAACUUGGAGCUGGUGCUUUCACUCUCGGGGGGUAAAUUGGUGACGGUAGCAAAAUCCUGACGCCAGUAUGGAUCCCCAUCUCCCGCAUCUGAUCAGUGACUGUCUCAUACACGUUUUUACCUUUCUGACCGAGGAAGAUUUAAUCAGCGCUUCCACUGUGUGUAAGGACUGGCAUGAUGCUGCAGAGACUCCCUGGUUGUGGAGGAGGAUGUGUCUGGAGCGCUGGGGUUUUUGUAAUCUCGCUGUUUUGGGAAGUGAGCGCGAGAAUCUCUCGUGGAAGAAGUACUUCCUGCGACGAUGCCACCUGGAGACAAAAAUGACAAAAGGCCGAUCAGGGGGUUACACCUGCAAAAGUCUAAGAGGGCACACAAGCAGAGUGGUCGGUCUGGUUUAUCUGCAGGGAAAUUCAAGCAAUCUUCCAGACCUGUGGAACAACAGUGCCACCGUCUGCAGUGCCUCCACUGAUGGUACAGUCCGUGCAUGGGACAUCAAAAACUGUGAGCUCCUGUGGUGCAGUCCUGUGCAAAGCCCUUUGACAGGGAUUAUAUGUGAUGAGAAGCACGAAGUUGUAAUUACAUCAGACUCUACAGGCCUCAUUAAGGUCUGGCAAGGCCAGACGGGCCAGGAAGUGGCUUCCUUUUCUACUGAAUCAUCACACUCUGCCUUACUACAGUACAACAUAAACAAUGAUUGGUUCCUGGCUAUUGGAAAUUGUCAGGGAUCAGUGUGCAUCCUAACAGAUUUUACUUUGACUAAAAUCUCCAGUAUAAUGGUGUGUGACUCCUUUAAAGUCAACAUACUUCUAGUCUCACCAGACAAGAAAUGGAUCACUGCUGGAACCAAGGAGAAUGAUGAUUUAAGUCCAAAGGUGAUCUACACUGAGAGUUUGACCUCUCCCUCUGAAGAUGAAGAUCUUCUGUGUCAGUCAGUGCCAGUCUCCGGAUGCCAGGCUGCUGUCUUCAUACCCACCCAGCCGGCCAGACUGGCCAUCGUCCACCACUCUGAACAGAGACAAAACAAAGCCCUCUCUGUCUUCGAUGUCACCAUUAAAAAGAUUAAAUACAAGUCAUUAAUCCUGGUCCAACAGGUGGAGUCCUUCCCCCUGAUGCUGAACAACUGGUCUUCAGAAAUCCUUCUAGAGGCCAAGAGCAGCAACUGCAUUGUGCUGUCAGCUGGGGAGCAGCUGUGGGUGUACUCGCUGAAAGGAGCUCUGCUUGCUAGCUUUAAAGACCACAUUAUGCCCAUCUCCUCCAUAUGUGUGGACAAUUUUCGUGUGGUAACAGCGUCUCGGGACCUUUCUAUGCGAGUGCUGACAUGGAGGAACGACACAGACCGUGGCUUGACCCUAGAGAGUCAGUACCAUUUACUUGGAGGCUCUCACACGAUGUCCAGCGGGUUCACUCACGUCGCCUGUGACUACUCCAGUAUUGUGGCUUCAGUAGAGGGGAAAGAUGGGAAAGAUGUCCUCAAAGCUUAUUCUUUUACAUCCUGAGCAUCACAGCCCCACAAAAAAGCCUGCGUACAGCUUUCUCAACUCAUUGAAAAGAGAAAUAUUUGAUUUUAUUAUGAACUGCUCACCAUACACUUAAAAUAUCAUGUUCUUUCCAAAAACAUACAAUUAUGUAACCUGUAAUACAAUAAAUGAAUAUUAUGUUAUGGGGAAGGCAAUGACCAACUGUAUGAACAUGCUUAAUAAGAAAUAAAUCUUUAGAAAUACU